AUUGCCCUAUUACUUCGCUCUACCUAAUUGCACCUCGAAAAAAGCGGUAAACAAUGUAUCGGCUAGCUGUUAUGGAGAGAGUUUAUUUGCAAAAGAUAAUGAAUAAAUGAGGUUUCGAUUUGUUUUUCAUUAUUUCGUUUUAAAUUAGCACAUUCACCAUUUCCAUAAUAAUUGAUGCGAGGAAAAUCGUAUAUUAUUAAACACACGGGACAUUGCAUUCAUUAAUGAAAUCAAAUCACAAAUGCCAAUAAAAUUGCUCUAUAUUAUUCAUCGCAUAUGAAACAUAUUUAAAAGUUCUCGAGUAUCCGAUCUUUUUAAUGGCUAUUGUGAAAUCGUAUUCCAAUAGGAAAUGAUAACAAAAGACCGUGGAACAACAAUGAAAAACGUGCUCGAACUUUAUUGCGCUUUAUAAAAGAACUUUCGAUCGUGUACUAAUUGUAAGGCACUGUUAUUUUGAGGUCAGCAGCGUACAAUGAAUGAUGAUCGAUGAUCGACAUCGGAAUCGUAAUCUGGGUUCAAGUAAAUGUACGUACAAAUAUCUUUGUUUCUGGAAGAACUUCUGAACCCUUAGGCGUUCGAAAUCAUGAAACAUUGCGCGAAUGCUGCAGUUACACAGACAGAAAAUAAUGUGAAGUGUCAGUGAACAGCGCGAGUAGCGUAGGUGAGGCUGGGUGAGGAAGCGCUGCGUAGCGUGAGGUGUAUAACGCACGUGUAUCGGAAGUAAAAAAAUAUAAUCCGAAAACACGUGGUAAUCUAGGAUCAUAAUUAUGACGAAAAUAAGAAAAGUGAAACGUAGGAAGAAAUUCCGCAUGAAUGUAAAUCGUAAACGACUGCGGAAUAAGUCAACUAAACUGCCGACAAUAACGUGUUCUCAAAUAAAAAAGUCGUGGGAAGUAACGAAAUCCACCCGUACUAACUUAAAAGAAAUGGGUUUAGCGUACGAUCCAAACGAGGUUUUAAAGGUACCCAAUGUUAGAGAAGAUAUCAUUAAGAAUGUUAAAAAUUGGAAGAUUACUGAUGCUGAAGAUCAGUCACAAAAUGAAGAACAUGACGUUGAAAUGGUGCCUGCAAAAGUACAUGUAGCGGAAGAGCUAGAAGCAGAGGCAAAGGCACCAAGAAAGAGGAUGUUCAGGCUACCGAAUAGCCAAGUGAAUUUCCUCACCUAUUUGAUGGACAAGCAUGGGGAAGAUUAUAAGGCUAUGGCAUUAGACAGAAAGAAUUAUAAUCAAUUGACUUGGAAGCAGAUACGUGCUAAAAUCAAAGUAUUUAAAAACAUUCCUGAGCAGUACAAUGAGUACCUUAAGAGCAAAACUGAACAAAACAAUUCUAGCUAGUUAUUCAUUUCAAUACAGGUAUAUUUUAUUUUGAUACAAAUUUCUGUAUAUAAAGUAUUUGAAUAUAUGUAAGACAAAUAAAUCAAUUAAUUCUGCAUGGCUUAGAUAAGAACAUUAAGAAAGAAAAAUAUUAACUUGUACAUGAAGAAAUAGAGCAUCAUACGUGUCUUUAAGUGUAUUACUAUUAUACAUCAUGAAACAUUAAAAUAGAUUUUUAUUUCGAAAUAUAA